AUGGUUGCCUUGCUUCUUCUAUUCCUGACGAUUCCGGCGGUUUUCGGAAAGGAUGUGAAGUGUCCAGAAGGAUUCCAGCAUUUCAAACGAACACCAACAGCAAAAAAUAACCAUACCAAGAAUUGGUGUUUAGGGAUCUUCCCAGCCGACCGACUUGACGAACGUGAUCGUGCCCGGUCAAUUUGCGCCAACAACAACGCCACGUUGAGCCUUCCGGAAAACCAGAAGGAGUCAGAUUUCAUAGCGGCCUUUUCCACCAAACACAACAUCUCCGAAACGCAUGCAGCCGACGGACAAACGUCUCCGAGAUGUGCAGCUCGUGUGUAUAAGGCUAUGAAGGAAAACAGAGUUUUCAACUCUUUAGCUAUCAAAGGAGAGUGUAACUUGAAGAAUAAGUACUACCUCUUCGACGAUUCCAACACUGACCCAGCGUUCGCGCUCGCCAAGAUUGUGGACCCUCCACCAAACCAAUUUAGUACGUUUUGGACAAUGGUGACGCCCAAAGUCUACCACUUUGCUGAAUGCUUAACUUUCAACGCUCAACUGAUUCCGAAAAAUGCGACCAUACCAGGCUACGCGGGCACUUCAUACUGUGUUGGAAGACCCGUUGGCAAAGUGGACCAAGAACAUGAGUUUGCAGAACACCAACCGGAAAUUAAGUCUGUGAUCUGUGGAAGACAUCCACUGUGA